CGGAAGCAGCGGCGGCUGCGGGCGAGGCGGCGCCAUGGGCCGGCGGCGGUGAGCGGCGCGGGAUGGCGGCGGCCCGCGGCUGCCCCCCGGCGGGCUGCGGGGACCGCGCCCUGGCCGAGCUGCUGCUCGAGUUCUCCCGGGCUCAGUACCGCGCCAAGGACGGCGGGGGCGCCGCCGCCGCUAAGGUGGAUCGGAUCGAAAGGCGGUGCCUGGAGCUCUUCGGCCGCGACUACCGCUACAGCGUCAUCUCCAACGCGCACGGCGAGGUCUGCGCCCACUACCCGCGGCACAUCGUCCUCCUCGAGCGCGAUGCCGGCGUCGGCCGCGACCCGUUUGAGAGCACUGUGCAGGUUGGCAAGCUGCAGGACCUCAUCAACCGGAGUAAGAUGGCAAGAUGCAGAGGCCGAUUCGUCUGCCCAGUCAUCCUGUACAAGGGGAAGCAUAUUUGCAGAUCAGCAACACUGGCUGGCUGGGGAGAGCUCUAUGGGCGCACUGGCUACAACUAUAUCUUCUCAGGAGGUUCUGAUGACGCUUGGGCAGAUGCAGAAGACAUCUCAGAGGAGGAUUCCGCACUUAGGAAUGCAGACUCCCAGCUGUUUGACAAGGUCAGAGGGCACGACAUCAAGCUGCUUCGAUACCUGUCUGUGCGCUACAUCUGUGACCUGAUGGUGGAAAACAAGAAGGUGAAGUUUGGCUUGAAUGUGACGUCUUCUGAGAAGGUGGACAAAGCUCAACGUUACGCUGACUUCACGCUUCUCUCCAUCCCAUAUCCAGGCUGUGAAUUUUUUAAGGACUACAAAGACCGGGAUUAUACAGCUGAAGGUCUCAUAUUUAACUGGAAACAGGAUUAUGUAGAUGCUCCGUUAAGUAUCCCAGUCUCUCUGACCCAGUCUCUGAACAUUGACUGGAGUGAGUACCAGAGCUGGGAUCUUGUACAGCAGACACAGAACUACCUGAAGCUGCUGAUCUCCAUCAUCAAUAGUGAUGAUGACAGCGGGCUCCUGGUGCACUGUAUAUCCGGCUGGGAUCGAACUCCUCUCUUCAUCUCCUUGCUACGCCUCUCCUUAUGGGCCGAUGGGCUGAUCCACGCAUCCCUGGAGCCAUCUGAGAUUCUCUACCUAACAGUGGCCUAUGACUGGUUUCUCUUUGGGCACAUGUUAGUCGAUCGACUCAGUAAAGGAGAAGAGAUUUUCUUUUUCUGCUUCAAUUUUCUGAAGCACAUCACCUCUGAGGAGUUCUCUGCUGUGAAGUCGCAGAGAAGGAAGAGUUUGCCACCUGGCUUCACCCUGGAAGAGAUCUGCAUGCUCAAGCAGAGAGACCGAGGCAGCACCACGAGUCUGAGCAGCGACUUCUCCCUGGGGAUGGAAAGUUCUCCUGGAGCAGCCGGGAGCUUCACCUAUGAAGCAGUGGAGCUGAUGCCAGCAGGAGCACAGGCUCAAGCAGCAUGGAGGAAGAGCUGUGCAUCAUCACCACAAGCUGUGCUCUGGAGCAGGGCACAGCAGUCUGAAGAUAGGCUGCCUUCCGCAGGGGUGGUCGAAGUCAAGUCCUCCAGCUCCUCCUCAUCAACCCAUUCUGAUAACUUCCUGAGGAUUGGAAGCAGCCCACUGGAAGUGCCCAGAUCCAGAUCGGGGGACCACUCUCUGCCCGGAUCUUCCGUUUCCACGGACUUUGGGAGCUGGCAGAUGGUGACAGGGUGCGGCAGUAUUCGGGAGCAGGCAAUCCUGAGCGCGGACGCCUCUCUCCCUUGCAGCUUCCCGGAUGAGUUCCCGAGCACUUGCCUGCUCGUGUCGGCGAGCGACCGCGAGUCCCGGCUGGAAGAAGUGCGUUCCUCCUUCCUGGCCAGCUACAGUCGCACCAUCGGCCUCAAGGCCGUGCCCCCCAGCCCCUCGGGGGCCAUCGGGGGCCUUCUCGAGCAGUUCGUGAGAGGUGUUGGACUGAGAGGCAGCAGCACGCUCUGAGGACAGGAACCAGUGCCUGGACAACCGGGGCUGGCGGGACCCGUCCUUGGCCAAGCCCCGGCACCCCCCUUCUUGGUGCGGGCACCUGCAGCACCCACCACCGGCUUCCCCCUGCCUGGGGCUGGGGGCUCGGGGGGGAAUCCGGCCCAUCUCUGCUGUAAAUCCCCCCAGUAAACCCCCCGAGCUGUGCCCUC